GAAUUCCAAUCUGGCAACAUCGAAACUGUAAUGUCAACACUUUUUAUUGUCGCAAAAAUUUCAGUCAUUAUUUUCGUUUUAAUAUUACGUGAUAUCAAAUUGUUAAAAAAAAUACAAAACUGAUCGAAAAAGGGCCUCGACGUGCGCGGCUUCCGUCCACCAGUUCGGUUGAUGUAUCGAAAUUAUCCGUGUUGAAAGAAGGUCUGCCUAAAUGAAUUAUGUCGUUAAGGUCCAGAGCCCUGGCGCUGGUCGAGGUGUUGUUACGGGUGCCGCCGUUAUUUGUGGUGGAUGAGUUCUUGAAGAUCAGCCUGGGCCUGCCAGUGACCAGCGGGGAGGAGGUGUCUGUUCUGAGCAAUGUCACUAUCGACCACGUCGAUAUUUUGGACGCGGAUGGCAGCUACUAUGACGCCAAUUUUUACAAUGCCUUCGUCUUCACAUUGCUGAAGUUCCUCGUCUGCUGUUUGGGAUGCCUGUCAGCGCUCUGCAUAUUCGUGCUCUACACGAAGCACCUGAUCAUCGUGUAUCUCUACCUGAUGUCCGUCGGCAUCGUCUUCGUCUCCUACUGGACCAACGUCUCCGCCAUCAAGCAGAUUCAAGCCUUAACCCUUACAGCGACCACACACCCUUCACCGAGCAUAUUAGAAGACAUGCUCAACCUCAACCUGAAAAACCUACUUGAUCUCGAUGGCCCAGGCAUCUUAGUCAUACAAAACUUCGCCAUUCAAUUCAUAUUAGCUCUCUUAUUCAGAAAUAUUCAUCUAGGACCAAGACUGCCGACAAUACAAAAGUUAUUACCGAUCAGCUUCAUGGCACCCUCAUUUUUAGCUAUGUUGCCAGUACCACCAAAUUUACUGCACCAUUCGCCAGUAUUCUCAGCUUUGCUGCCAUUAUUCCUCGUCAAGUAUGUUCUUUGGUCAUCAUCGUACAAUGUCAUACAGGUUAUUUACGCUGGCUACCAGCAAGGAAGACUUUUCGUUAGCAACUACGGAUUAUCAGCGCUAGUCGAAAUGGAAUGGAUGAGACUGAACGUGCCGUGCGUUCUUAGAGUUUUUUGGGUGAUGCGCGUGGCUGAACACGCUAUACUGCUACUUAUGGAUAAUUACGAAGACGAAAAUGAAGAAGGAAUAAGAGUUUCCACACUAUUAGCUGUUCAGUCACUCGCUUCAAUGGCAAAAUCCUUACUCGUUACCGGGUGCGAAACGAUCACAGCCGUACUUGGGAUGACCUCCGUGAUCUCAUUCUUCUGUCAUUACAUAGGCAACUUCUUCCAAUGGAUCCUACUGACAGACGAGGAGGAAGACAAAAGUAUCGGGACCGUGUCUGCUAUUCUCUUCUACAUAUUGGCGUUGCAGACUGGAUUGACUUCGCUAAACCCAGAGAAGAGAUUCGUACGACUCUGCAGAAACUUCUGUUUGUUAUUCACUGCUUUACUGCAUUUCCUCCACAAUAUAGUUAACCCUAUGUUAAUGUCACUCAGUGCAUCACAUAACCCAAGCACUCACAGACACGUACGUGCGCUAGGAGUCUGCGCUUUCCUUAUAAUAUUCCCAAUAUCUUUGCUAGUCUAUCUUUGGUCUCAACACACAAUAUCGACAUGGCUGCUAGCUGUUAGCGCCUUCAGCAUAGAAGUGAUUGUCAAAGUUAUUGUUAGCCUCAUGAUUUACUCUCUAUUCCUCGUUGACGCAUACAGAAGUACCUUCUGGGAACAACUCGACGACUAUGUGUACUACAUACGAGCCUUUGGCAACACGAUAGAAUUCUGUUUCGGAAUAUUCUUAUUCUUCAACGGAGCUUGGAUUCUGUUAUUCGAGUCUGGUGGCGCUAUCAGAGCAGUCAUGAUGUGCAUUCACGCGUACUUCAACAUUUGGUGUGAAGCGAGGGCUGGUUGGUCAGUGUUCAUGAAACGACGGACUGCUGUUAAUAAGAUCAAUUCUCUAAGAGAAGCUUCGCCUGAUCAACUCAGCCGAUUGGACGACGUGUGUGCUAUUUGUUACCAAGAAAUGCACUCGGCAAAAAUCACUAGAUGUAAUCACUACUUCCACGGCGUAUGUCUUAGGAAGUGGCUUUACGUCCAAGAUAGAUGUCCAUUGUGUCAUGACAUACUCUACAAGAUAGACAGUGACAUCAAUAAAGAUAAUUCGGAUGCUGGUAACGAAGAAAACAGCAACAACCAAAAUCUUAUAUUGGAGGAAGAGCCAGAUCUUUUAUUAGGAGAAGGCGUGAGAUGACUGCUUGAUGAAGACGCGUACCACUUAGAUUGAAACAUAGUUUGCAAAAUUAUUCGAGUGGUAUUUCCUUUUGUAUAGUAAGUUAUUGUUUUUUUAUAAAUCAGGUUUGACUGUGAUUCAAGUGAUGGUUUAAAUUUUGUCUCGUGAGAAUGGUUCGCGUCUGCUGUGUGUUUAGUUUAAGCUAAGUGACGCUUCGACGUUGUCUUAUGACAUUACAAAUUUUGAAUUUAAAAUUCACAAGUGCAUCUAUAAAGCUAAAAGAAUCGGGGCGUAUUGAUUGUUAUAUGAUUAUAGAAAUUUUAAAGCUAUUUGUAAAUAGUAAAGAUGUUUAGAAAUAGCUUUUAAUAUUUGAAUGGAACAGAAAGAAAAAAAUAUAUAAAAAUAGUAAUUUUUUCUCAUAAUAAAUUGUAAAUAAACUAUUAUUUUAGCAGUAAA